CUACACGCCCAGCUAACGUAAGCGUUGUUGGUAGGAAGAAGAAAGCCGAUUCUGGAAGCCAUUACGUUGCGCACAUCUUUGAGUAAAUCCAACUAUUUGUGCGUACAAUACGCACAAUUACCUCUAAAGAGGAUUUCUGUCAUUAUGGCAUCGGCCGCGAAAAAGCGAAAAAUGAAUUUCUCGGAGCGGGAGGUGGAGAUCAUAGUGGAGGAAAUAGAGAAACAAAAGCACACACUGGUUAACCAUUUCAAUGCUGGAGUCACACACAUGGCCAAGAAUAACGCAUGGGCAGACAUCCUGAAAAAGGUGAACGCGGUCACCACCUGUCCCAGAGAGCUGCCCGAGGUGAAGAAGAAGUGGUCCGACAUGAAGACCGAGGUCCGGAGGAAGGUGGCCCAGGCUCGGGCUGCCAUCGAGGGCAACUCCGCGGACUGCACUCCAGUUCCCGUCAUCCUCACCGCCAUGCAGCAGCGGAUCUGUAACCUGCUGGGGGAGGCCACCAUCAUCAGCUUACCUGCAGGAGACUCUGAUGCUGAGAUCACCCUGCCCGUGUCUGUGAGCACCGCCACCACCGUCACCCUGACAGAGACUCUUCCAGCCGGAUCAGGGACAGUUUGCGAUGAAACAAAAACUGCUGAAACCACGUACCACACCCUGGAGGAUGGAGGAGUGGUGGAGUACUGCACCACCACAGUGGGCGACCCCACUCCCACCGUGGUGACGGCGGUCGAGGCCCCGGUGGAGAUGCUGGCCUCGUCCUCGGUGUCCCCUCCUCCUCCUCAGGGUCAGGCCAAACCUCAGGAGCUGAAGAGCCGCAUCGCCCUGAACUCGGCCCGCCUGCUGCAGGAGCAGAGAGUCACCAACGUCCACAUCCGCCAGAUCGCUCAGCACCUGGAGGGCCAGAACGAGCUGCUGCAGGUGAUGCGCCGCUCUCAGGAGGCGCAGGCGUUCGCUCAGGAGAGACAGGCCCAGGCGCUGGAGGGGACGCAGGCCGCCCUUCUGGCGUUAGUCCAGAUGCUGCGACCGGCUCUCAAAGACCUGAGAAAGUUCCUGCAGAGCGGGAUCGAAAAUGCAAACUCCAACAGCUCUGCAGCCGCUACGGAGGAGCAGAAUCGGCCUAAACCCUCCACCUCGCCUCCUCCACAGCACGAGGAGACACAAUGAGACUGGGUGUGUGUGUGUGUGUGUGUGUGUGUGUGUGUGUGUGUGUGUGUGUGUGUGUGUGUGUGUGUGUGUGUGCGUUUGUGCGUGCGUGCUUGUGUGUGAGAGAGAGAAGUUGUCAGAAGUUGCCUUAGAGCGAGCAUGUACAGGAUUUUACUUUGUUUUAUUGGGACGCUUUAAACUUCUAUGUUGAUGUUAAUGAGUAUAAGUUAUUUAAUAGUUUGUUUUUGAUAUUUCUGCUAUGUUUUUAAUCAAGCACAUUUAUUUUUAGUGUCCUAAACUCAUGCAGCAGUGUUAACUCUGAGUAAAGAAGAGCAUCGUGUUUGUGAGAGCAGGCAGUCUUCAGUUAUUCUGCAGCUCGCGUCUCGGCUCAGUGAGAAGAGAAAUGUAGUUUCCUGCAGACUGCAUUUCUACUAACCGACCACAAGAGGUCAGUGUGUUUCAGCAAAAUUCAUCCCUGAAGGAGCGACAGUAUGCAACUAUUUACAUUAAAAUAACAGUUUAAAAUCCUC